AUGCCAUUCAAAAUGCUACACCCACGGACCAAUAGGCCAAUACUUGUGCAACCUGGCAAAACACCUAAUUGCUUGAUUGUCAACUCAUCAAUCAGGAUGCAACACUAUGAAAAAACACAGGAUAUUCAGAAGAAUAUCAACUUUUCCAUUUUGGCCGACUCCUCCUUUCCUGUCACCACCGUCACUGAGCUCCAGACCCUGAUGGCACACCCUGACCAUUCAUCUGAGCAUGACGCCUCCAAGGAGGACAAGAAGGAGAAGGACCCUGAGCAGCCAGGGCCAAGUAAUCUGCAGAUAGCCAGGGCCCGCUUCUUCAAGGGAGUCUCCUACACUGCUGGAGACAUGAAGGUGUUUGGAAAAUGGAUGGAAAAGCAGUUUUUCUUGUUGCAGUUGCUGGACUGGGUUUUGCGUGGAGCCGCUCAGGUGAUGUUCGUCAACAACCCUCUAAGCGGCCUCAUCAUUUUUGGUGGCCUCAUCCUGCAGAACUACUGGUGGGCUCUCAACGGCUUCGUGGGAACACUCUUUGCCACCAUUUCUGCCCUCAUUCUGCAACAGAGCAGGGGUGCAAUAGCUGCAGGGCUGUAUGGUUACAACGGCAUCCUGGUGGGUCUGCUGAUGGCUGUGUUCUCCAACCGAGGAGACUGGUACUGGUGGCUCCUGCUACCCAACAUCUUCAUGUCCAUGAUGUGCCCGAUUGUGUCCAGUGCCCUGGCAUCUAUCAACAGUCGCUGGGAUCUGCCAGUGUUCACCCUGCCCUUCAACAUCCUAGUGUGUCUCCACAUGGUCGCCACCGGACACUUCAACCACCACUUCCCCCAAGUCCUCAUUCAGCCUCGCACGGAGCUGCCUAACAUCACCUGGGCUGAAAUUGACGUAGCCAAGCUUUUCAUGUCAGUGCCUGUGGGAGUAGGCCAAGUCUACGGCUGUGACAACCCUUGGACCGGAGGAAUCUUCAUUAUCUCACUCUUCAUCUCCUCCCCUAUCACCUGCGUUCAUGCUGUCCUGGGAUCUACAGUGGGCAUGAUUUCAGGCUUGGCUCUGGCAGCGCCUUUUGGAGACAUUUACUUUGGCCUCUGGGGAUACAACUGUGUGUUAGCCUGCAUCGCCAUCGGAGGAAUGUUUUACGCGCUCACCUGGCAGGUGCACCUGCUUGCCAUCACAUGUGCUUUUUUCUGUGCAUACCUCGGCAUAGGCAUUGCCAAUGUCAUGUCCACGUUUGGUCUGCCAGCCUGCACUUGGCCUUUCUGUCUGUCUGCCCUCACUUUCCUCCUCUUAACCACGGGGACCAACAAGAUCUUCAAGCUGCCGCUGGCCAAAGUCAACUACCCCGAGAAAAACCUGGUCUACUACUGGAAGAUGAAGAAGCAGGAGAAAAGAGAGAAGGCUGAGAAAGAGAGGAAAGAGAGUGAGGAGCAGAAGAAGGCCCAGGAGGAAGAGGUGAUACUGAACGAGAAAGAGCAACUGAGGCUAGAGAUGGAAAGAAUGGAAGAAAAGAGAGCAGCAAGCGAUGCAUCAGAGGGUACAUGUGACAAGACAAGUGUCGAAGACCUUGCACCUGGGGUCAAACAGCAGGGUACAGAAGAAGAACAAGUCAGACACAAUGAUCUAACAGAAGUUAAUCUUGGUGAUUACGUUUAAUACUGCAUUUCCGCACAGAGUGAGAGAGAGAGGAUACGCUAAGUAAGGGAUAAUGUACAGUGAGCCGGUCAAUGUUGUGAAAUAAACCCCGACAGGAGGUUUAUUUCACAACAAUGACCCGGCUACUUACUUAAGAAAUCAAUAAUGUCACAUGGAAACGUUCCUCCAGAAUCCGACAUCAGAACUGCUCCCAUAGCAACGGUCUAUCAUACUUGUACAUGGCAACGGUCUGCUGUAAAGAAAUAACAGACCGUAGAACGCCGGGGUUGACCAAUCAGAAUUGAGUAUUCAACAAAGCAGUGUUAUAAUAGAACUGAAAUGUAUGAAUAAUGUAAAUAAGUACAUCGGUAAAUGUGUAUCUCCCAAAA